CCUCGCAUCCCACGUACUAUCUACCAUUGCAGACACAGCACGAUGGCCUCAGAACAACCCAAGCUCCAUCAAGACCCACUUACCGGAGAAUGGGUCUCCAAGACUGAACUGAAGCGCCGUGCAAACAAGGCUGCAAGGGCUGAGAAGGCCGCGGAAAACUCCCAAAAGGCAUCCGCGAACGCGAAGCCCUCUGCUAAGCCGGAUGUGGCGUCAGAGGAGGACCUCAGCCCUAACCAAUACUUUGAGCUUCGUACUCGCCAGAUUCUGAAGCUUCGCGAAUCGCAGGACCCCAAUCCUUACCCCCACAAGUUCCAUGUCUCCAUAUCCUUGUCGGAUUACAUUGACAGGUAUGGACCAGAGGGAAAGAUCCCGGCAGGGCAGAGGCUGCAGGGUACGGUGGAAUCUCUCGCAGGCAGAAUCCACAAUAUUCGGGCUUCCGGCCAGAAGCUACGUUUCUACGACUUACACUCAGAAGGAAAGAAGGUCCAGAUCAUGGCCGCGGCUCAAGAUGCUGAAGAUACUGAAAAGUACCUUGAAAUUCAUGAGAUAUUUCGCCGUGGAGACAUCGUUGGCGUUAAGGGUACUCCCUCCCGCACCAAGAAGGGUGAACUUUCCAUUUCACCAUCACAAAUGACCCUCCUUGCCCCGAACCUCCACCAACUCCCUUCUGCACACUUUGGUUUGAAGGAUCAAGAAACGCGCUACAGAAAGCGUUAUCUAGAUUUAAUCCUCAAUGACGAGACGCGCCGUAUCUUCAUCACCCGCAGUCGAGUCAUUAAUUAUAUCCGCAAGUUCCUAGAUAAUCUGGGCUUCUUGGAAGUCGAGACUCCCCUGACAAGUAUGAUUGCUGGAGGAGCGACUGCGAAGCCUUUCAUCACCCAUCAUAACGACCUCAACCUUGAUCUUUACCUCCGGAUUGCUCCUGAAUUAUACCUGAAGGAACUCGUCGUCGGUGGUCUUGAUCGCGUAUACGAAAUUGGACGAGUUUUCCGCAACGAAAGCAUCGACCUCACUCACAACCCGGAGUUCACUAUCUGCGAAUUUUAUAUGGCGUAUGCCGAUAUGUACGAUGUCAUGGAUAUCACCGAAUCCAUGGUCGAGGGUCUAGUCAAGUCAUUAACCGGUGGCGGUACAAAAUUGUCGUACAAGCCUGAGGGCAAGGAGGACAAGGCCUUUGAACUCGAGUUCAAGAAGCCUUGGAAGCGCUAUGACAUGAUUGAAACAUUAGAAGAGAAGCUUGGUGUCAAGUUCCCGCCAGGCGACCAGUUGCACACCGCAGAAGCAAACAAGUUCUUACAGGACCUGUGUCAGAAGCAUAACGUCAAUUGCCCUGAGCCAAAGACAAAUCCUCGUCUACUUGACAAGCUCGUCGGAGAGUUUGUCGAGCCACUCUGCAUCAACCCAUCAUUCAUAGUUGGGCAUCCUCAAGUCAUGUCUCCACUGGCCAAGUGGCACCGUUCCCGACCAGGACUGUGCGAACGAUUUGAAGGCUUUAUGUGCGGAAAGGAGUUCUGCAACGCAUACACAGAGUUGAAUGAUCCCUUCGAGCAGCGUGCUCGAUUCGAGGAACAGACACGGCAGAAGGAAGCCGGUGACGACGAGGCUCAGGGCAUAGAUGAUGUAUUUAUUGACGCGCUUGAACAUGGCCUUCCACCAACUGGAGGAUGGGGUUUGGGAAUCGAUCGUCUCCUGAUGUUCCUGACAAAUUCAGCCAAUAUCAAGGAAGUGCUACUCUUCCCCGCCAUGAAGCCAAUCGAAAAUGCACCUGGUACUUCGGCAGCCGUCGGACCGUCGGGUCAGUUAUAGAAGUCGGAUGUUAGACGCCAUGACUUCAUGGUAGGAGUUGUUCGAUCAUGUGGCUUAGAAGGAAAUCUUCUUGCUCUGUUUGAUUUAUUUUAUGCCUCAUGUAGACUUGAGGGGAAAAAUGAGAAAUAGAUUAUCG